UUCGCGGGUCUAAAAAGACGACCGUCAUUUUACCGACAGAUAACGUAGUAUUGUGAGUGCACUGAUGCUAUCUUCGGUGACGCAGUAGAACUAAGAGCGCGACUAGCAUCAUAGGUCCCAGUGGUUCGGGAAAGAUUUAUGAAAACCCUUUUGCAACACGAAAACGUUCACGUUCGAGCCAGCAAUAUCCAGAAUCCCGACACCACAGAGGUUCAUGUAGAACGGUGCCGUUUCGAUGGAAUGCAAGGUGACAUCGUUAUCGUAAAGACGCCAUCUUUUUACACCGAAGGCGGAGAUGGGGAGGAGUCAUUGAAACAGUGGAUGGAUUCAAACUAUACUAAGCCGUGCAAAGCGGUUGGAGUGUUGUACAUGCAUAACCUUGCAUUCAGUGCAGGUGACUCAAACCUGGAAGUCUCGAAACAUCUUGGUGCUUUCCGACGAACAUGCCGUCCAAAUCUCAUUCCAAGCGUCAUUCGCGUCGUCCCGACUUCGUACCACAUCGCAUGGUUGUCGAGAAAGAGAAUGGAAACAUCAGUGACUCAGUUUCGACGUCAAGCCAAUGAUGAAGGUGCACAGUUUUGUAGCACGUUGCCUGACGGAAAGCCCUUUGAUGGCAAGCCCGAGACGGCGUGGGGCGUCGUUCAGGAACUCUUGGCAUCCUGCAAUAAUGGAAACAUAGGAGUUCCAGGAAACAAUUCCGCGAGCUCUGUUGGGAAGACAGAGGCCAAGGAUACAGCUGGGACUCAGGUAAAAGAGGCUAUCUCCGCUCCGAUCGGACCUACCUUGAAAGGUAUGCCCAUGCAACCCCCAGGUAGUCGCCCAGCUGUGGAAAAUCUUGCCGAUCGCCUUGUUGAAGAGUUCAGGGGGCAGAGGAGGAACAGCAGUUUGGAUACGUUAAUCAUGUUCGGGCGAACUGUACUGGAAUUAACUCCACCAGGUCACGCACAACACCAUCAUGCCCUCAUCCAUCUCGCUGAUCUCCUAUCUGAACGGUUCGAAAAGGAAGGAACGAAAGAGGAUUUAGAUGAAGUAAUCACAAUUAGGCGAGCAGCGUCAGAAUACAUGGUCUCAACCGACCCUCAGAGACAAGGAAUUCUUCUCAAACUUGACGAUUGCCUUUAUGAACGCUUCAGGAAGGAAGGUUCCAUGGUGGAUCUGGAAGAGAUCGUAUCUCUUCGCCGGGCUGCAUUAGAACACACUCCUCUACCGAAUCGAUGCAGGUCCCUUCUCAGUCUCGCUGACUCCCUUCACGAAAAAUUCCAACAACAGGGUUUAGUGGCCGACAUCGAUGAGGCCAUUAGCUUGGCGCAUACUGCGUCGGGGCUGUGCCGUCCAGGGCACCCUGAUCAUGCGUUGUCGCAGGGGUGUCUUGCACGUUGCUUCAAAGCGAAGGUCAGAACGGGGGAUGUCCGGGCUCGCUCAAAGGGAGCCCAGAUUGAGCUUUCGUCAUCCUGUUCUUCUGAUAUUAGGCAAUUCAUCAAAAAGAGUUUUUUCGAAACUGUUGAAAACCUCCCGCCGCGCCUGCUACACACUCCGACAGGGGCCAUGUGUAACCGAGAUGCUCAGCUCUCUUAUUUCGAAGAUAGUCCUCAAUACGAACGGCUUCUAUCGUCAGCCUCUUCACUCACCAGGCAGCAGCUGCAAAUGGAGAUCGGCAGUGUGGUUGCAGACUUCUUUCAAAUUGCCAUGCUGUCUCACAGGUGGGGGAGUCGCGAGCCCUUGCUACGCGAAAUUGAAGGCAAAAAUAUCUAUGACUUGCGCGGCACCGACGGUCUGGUAAAGCUCCAAGAAUUUUGUCUUCAUGCACUCGAACGUCAUAUCCAGUGGGCAUGGAGCGAUACGUGUUGCAUCGACAAAGAUAGCAGCGCCGAAUUACAGGAAGCGAUUGGGUCUAUGUUUUCCUGGUACCGCCGGUCGUCCCUGACGAUCGUGUACCUUCCCGAUGUCUUCGAGGCUGGUUCGCUUGCCGAUAGUGUCUGGUUCAGGCGAGGCUGGACACUUCAAGAACUGUUGGCUUCACACGCCAUCCUCUUCUAUACGUAUGACUGGUCACUCUACAUGAAGAGUGACACCGCGAACCAUAAAACAGAUCCUUCCGUGCUCGAGGAGCUCCAGAAGGCAACGGGAGUAGCAGAACAGCACCUUAACUAUUUCUAUCCCGGCGUGGACGACGCGCGGACCAGGCUCCACUGGGCAUCAGGCCGUAGUACCACUCGACCAGAAGAUAUUGCCUACUCACUUUUUGGAAUCUUCAAGGUUCACUUACCAGUCCUCUAUGGCGAAUCUGUGGAGAAUGCCCUCGGACGCCUCCUGGCAGAGAUCAUCUCUCGUUCUGGAGACAUUUCGGUUCUGGAUUGGGUUGGGCAGGCAUCAUCGUUCAACAGCUGCUUCCCUGCCAGUCUCUUGCCGUAUCAGGCGGUACCUUACAUCCAGCUGACCCCCAGUAACCCUGCCAAACACACUGAUCUGGAUCUUGAAAGAGCACAAAAAUUGUACAGUAACCUUGCAAGAUUGCCACGGGCCGGAUUUUUUAACCGCAGGCUUUUGUUGCCCUGCACCAUCCACCCGGUCACUGUGGUCAAACUACAAGGGACAUCGACUAGCCCCUCACGUUACACGUACGAGAUUCACGCGUCGCGCCUGACGCUCCCCAAGGUCACAAUGUCGGUCAACCUUGACAAGGGUGCCGGUAGAUAUAUUCUUGUUCGUCCUUGGGAUCCAAAAGCGCUCGCGACGCAAACCGGUGGCGAUCACGACGCUAUGUGGGAGCUGUUGGAACAGCUGAAGCAACCAUUCAACGCACUUCUACUCGAGAAGCUGCCUCACAAUGAGUACAGGAGAAUCGCAAGCGACUGUAUGAUUACUGCUUGUCCUCAGGAUCUGACCAGUGUCUUAGAUAGUGAAGUGCUGAUACCUGAGGUUGUAUAGGCUGUACUCGUGACGCACAUUCCUAUCCCACCUCUUCGUGUUUCGGUUGUGUUCCCGUUUGAUAUCUGUGCCAGCAGUGUAUUAGUACCUAAGCACAAGUACAUAUA